GUUUACUUCCCGAUCUUUAUACACUGUCAUUUUUAUAUGUAGAAAUUUCCAAGGGAAUUCUAGUAAUUAUAUAGUGCAUUAGUCGAAACUUGUUUGGGGCACUACUUGCGUGAAGUACAAUGGAGAGUCAAAGACUUUGAAGCUUUGUCGGUGGCAGUAAUGGUAGUUAAACAUUUUAAAACAAAAAAUUACAGGAGAAGAACAAGAAGAAGGCAGUUUAUAGUGUGAAUCGAAACGUUUAACAGGAAGUUAUAGUUUAUAGCUGGUGAACAAUAUUCUUCAAUAUGGGUGACAAAGAUCCAACAAGUGUUAUACAAAUGAUAAAGGACUUAAAGUCAGGAUCAGAAGCAUUUCGUAGAAAUAGCAGUAGCUUGGCAUUGAAAUUAUCUGGGACUACAUUCCCAUCUAUUAGUGAUCAAGAUGUGUGUAAUAGUACACCUAAGAGGAGAAGACUUGAUGAUUCCAUUAACACAAGUAAAGACAGUGACACAAAGAGUGUUCCAAAUAGUCCAUGGGAAUGGAGAAGAUUAAAGGGAGAGGUCAUAUCAUUAAAGACAAGGCUGUCUCAUCAGGAAGCUGCUGUAGGAAAGCUUCAUAACAUACGUAGAGAAAUGGAAAGUAUUUUUGAGAAGGAGAAAAGUAUUUUAGAAAUGCAGUCGGAGCAGGAUAAACAAACUAUCAAACAGUUGGAAAUAAGACUCGAUAUCGCACGCAGAACAAUUCAGGAUGCGCGCGACGCGCAGACAUUGGCCGAGAAAGAAUUAUUUGAGGUUAAGACGAAUUUGGAACAAAAGGUGUUGAUGCUAAUGAACGAAAAUUCAAAAUUAUUGAGCGAUAUCAAGAAUUCUUCCGUGACGGAAAGUGCGCCAACGCCGAAAGAUGUCCCCAAUAUAUCGGACGCGGAACCGAGAUUGGAAGCGGCGCAAGCAAGAAUAGCGCAGUUAGAGGAGAAGCUGAAAGAAUCUCAGGCCAAGCAACAAGAAAUGGAAUUGCAAAACGUGGAUAUGCAGAAUAUGAAAAUAAAAAUCGAACGAUUGGAAUCGGAACGGGCGUUAUGGGAGGAGGGUAAAAUAUUAACAGCGAGGGCAGCAAGAGCAAACGAGCUCGAAAGAGAGCUCCAUGCAGCAAAGGAAACCAUUAACUCGUUGAGAGAAUCGGUCAGGGGAAAAUUACUUUUGGAGGAACAAAUGGCCAGCGUGACGAAAAGAUUGGAGCAUACACAGAAAGUAGAGCAGCAAGUUGCCUCGUUGGAGGUAAAAAAUACGGAACUUUCGUUGCGUCUGUCCGAGUAUGAGUCGAUCGGAAUAACCGGCGGCUCGUUUGCUUUGAAACGGGAGUUGAAUCGAUUGCAACAGGCCGAGCUGGUGUUGAAGGCGGAAGAAGGACAGAUGAGAUCGAAAUUGGACGCCGCUCUACGGGAAUCCCAGUGUUUGUCGAAGAAUUAUGAGGAGAUUAAAAAAUUGGUCACGGAGGUAACGAUUUCCAAAGAAAAAUUGAACAAAUUGGUGAGCAGAUUGCAAAAGAAAAUGAUUCUGGUUACGAGAGAGAGAGACAGUUAUAGGCAGCAACUAGACAUGUACGAGCAGGACAUAACCGUAGAUAGCAACAAUGCUAUAAUCGAAAGAAUUCCUGCACUGGAACGCGCCAUAGAUGCUUACAGGGAAUUAGUUGCCAAAUUAGAGUCCGAUCUCCAAGCGGCCGAGGGUAACCAUCAAAUGGACGAGUGUCACAAGUUGAGGCAAGAAAUAAAUCGAUUGAAGGGUGAAUUAGAACAUCGAGCGUUGAAAGGCGAUUUUAAUUGCAACGCGAGGGUGUUGCAUUUCACUAUGAAUCCCGCCGCCAUCGCGGAAGAGCAGGCGGAAGAAAAGCAUAAGGCACUGUUACGCGAACUGGAAGAGCUAAGAGCGAAGGUGGCCCAAGGAGGUGCCAACACCACGACUUCCUCUCUUCAAGUACAAGAAAUAGCGGAGCUCAAACAGACACACGAGAUCAAGAUAGCUCGCCUGAAAGAGGCCUUCAAAGCAUCUUCGCAGGAGUAUCGUCAAGCCUGUUAUCAAUUGUUCGGUUGGAGGGUAGACAGAACUAAAGAGGGGCGAUACAAAUUGUACAGCCAGUACGCGGAAUCGCCAGAGGACUUUCUCUUCUUUAAUAUCGGCGAAGAGGGGGUGGAUCUUUUGGAAACCGCUUUCUCCGCGUCGCUUGUGCCGUUGGUGGAACAAUACUUGCGACGACAACACAGCGUUCCCAUGUUCCUUAACGCUGUCCAAUCGGAUUUAUUUAGUCAGCAAACUAUAACCAACGUUAUGAGUUGAUCUGUUUAAUUCCCCGUUAAAGGAGUAUCAUUAAUUAGGUUAACGCGAGUGUUUAGUACUUUUUGGAAUCAAUAAACGGCCAUAUUGUUUUUCAUCCAUAUUUCCACCUUUACUUUGAAGCUUCAUCAGUGAUCAACAUACCGAGUGUAAUAGUCAUUUCAGCUUGGCUUCACGUCGGUGCACAGACAUUACCAAGGCAUUACGCGCUUCGUUCGCCAGUAGUUCCUCGUUUCUCGUGAACACGUUUGAACGGAACACCAUGUUCAACCGCGUGUACCAAACGCAGGUACUGCGCCAUCAUUAUUCGCUUUACUUGUCACGGGAUCCACUCGAUUCGCGGAACGACGAACGAAAUUGUUAGUAAUAAUACGAUAGAUGCAUAUUGCGGUGCAGUUAUUAACAUGAGUGAAGUUAUCUCGCAUAUCUGUUGAAAGAUUUUGUAGUUAUG